AUGUGUAAAUAUGCACUGAUUAAUAAAUGUGAUAGGGGAGAAAAUUGUACGUUUGCCCAUGACAUAAAUGAAUUAAGAAUAAAACCUGACAUGCGAAAAACAAAAUUAUGUAAAAGCUACAUAUUAGGUAAAUGCACAGAUAUUAAUUGUAUAUAUGCCCAUUCUAUUAAUGAGCUGAGAGAAGUUGGUAAACCAGCGAUAUGUCAAUUGCACAGAGAAGGACGGUGUAUUAAAGGAAAUCAGUGCAGAUUCGCACACUCAAUAAAUGACAUAAACACAAAGCUUGUUAAGUUUUAUGAAUCAAAUGUAGAUAUAGAAUUUGAUGAAGAAAUUAUUCAGAGUAAGAUUCCUAGUAAAAAUAUAUCUAACACAAAUAAUAGUUGUAUGAAUAUAUUAAAUAAAAGUAAUGCUCAAAUAAUGAAUAAAAUAAACGGUUAUGAAAAUGAAGAAACUGAGAAGAAUGAAUUUAUAAAUAUACAUAAUAAUAAAAAGGAUAUAUAUAAUUUCCAGAUGCAUAUGAACAACAUUAAUGUAAAUGAUAAUGACGAUAUAAUAAAUAGGGCUAAUUUAGUUGUUCAAAAAAACAUCACAAGUGGUGAUAUAUAUCUUAAUAAUAAUAAUAAUAAUAGUAAGCUUAAUAUAUGUAGGAUAUAUAAUAAUCAUAAUAAUAAUAAUAGUAUUGUUGGUCAUGAAAAGAAAGAAGAAAAUAUAUUAAACAUUUCACAUAUUAAGAAGAAUACAAAAUUAUGUUGUUUAAAUAUUAAAAAUGAACCCAUUCAACAGGUUAAUGAUUUUCUUUUACAUAAUAAUAAUCUAUUAGAAUAUAAGAAAGAACAGAAAAAUUAUUUCAUAUCCCCACAAAAUAUUAUAAAUAAUGAAUAUGAUGAAUGUAAGUUAAACGAUAUGUUAAAUAAUAGUUGUAAUAAUUUAAAUAUACACACGUCUAUAUGUUUAGAUAGAUCAAAUAUGAAUAUUAAUGAACAAUAUUUUGACUUAAAAGAAAAGACUAUGGAUAAUGAUGAGAUUAAAAAUUAUUCAUAUGUAACAAAUAAAGAUAAUAUGAAUAAAAUAAAUAAUAUGGAAACAAGGUUAAGAAAAAAUAUUAUCAUCCAGCCAAAAAAAAAAAAAGAUCUAUCACAUGUAGAUAUUAUUAAUAGUAAUAAUAAUAAUAAUAUGAAUGACAUAUAUGAUGUGAAGGACCCAAAGAUUAAUGUAAGUAAUAUGAUUAGAUUAAAUGUAGAAAAUAAAUUAAAAAAAAUACAGGAUUGUAAUAAAACAGGACCAGAACUAACAAGCUUACAACAUAUUAUUACAGAAAAGGAAUAUCUUUAUAAACAGAAUGAUGAUAAGUAUUUAUUUAAUAAGGUAGUAGGAGGCAAUAAUAAAUAUGAAGAUAUAUAUGGAGAUGAUAAUUUGAGAAGGAAAGAUAUGUUUAUAUCCAUGUCAGACAAUAAUAAUAAAAUGAAUGAUGAUUAUAAUAUAAACAAUGACUCUAACAAGUGUGUUAUAAAUUUUGUGGGAUGUAUUAAUAAGGAAAACCAAAGUGGAACUACAGACGGAGGUAAGACCGAUACAAGGUGUGAUGAUAAUUCAAAGAUUAAUAAUAAAAAUCAUGAAAUAAUACUAAUUAAUAAUAAUAAUAAUAAUGAGAAUAAUUUUAUAGAUGGUAAUGAUUAUAUUUAUUGUAAUAAUGUCAAUAAGAAUAUCACGCAUCUCAAUAAAAAUGACUCCUUGAUAUACUCAAAAGAAGAAUAUAAUAUGUUUAGAUAUGAAGAUAAUUUGUUGAGUCAACAGAAUAUAAAUAAGAAAAAAAAUAAAAAUAAUGAUAAGGAAUAUUCUAAUGAUCUUAACAUAAAAUAUGGUAAUCAUUCUAAGCUACAUCAAGAAAUUAAUAAAAUGAAUCAUAUCAACAAUAUAAACAACAUAAAGCAUGUUAAAAAUAUUAAACAUGUUAAAAAUAUUAAACAUGUUAAAAAUAUUAAACAUGUUAACAGUAUUAACCAUAUAAAUAAUGCUUAUAGUGAUCAUGUUUAUAAUAUGGAAUGUUUUAAAAAUAAUCAUAAGCAAUAUUAUGAUCAAAGUAAUAUAAAUGAAUCCAAUCUUAUACAAAUAAUUAAUAAACAGAAAGAAAACGAUAAAGCAGAUGAAGAAAGCAAUAGGAAUAUUAAAUUAAAAGAAAAAAAUAAUGAUAAUUAUGAUAAUUAUGAUAAUUAUGAUAAUUAUGAUGAUGAUGAUAAUAUUAUUAUUUGCUAUGAUGAAGAUCAAUGUUAUGAUAACAAUGAAUAUAUAGAUCUAAAUGAUGAAUGUAUUAAAUCCAAGAAAUUGUCAGAUGCAAAGUUUGAAAAAAGAAAUGAAAUUUUAAAUUAUAAAAAUCAUAAUGAAGAUAUGAUAAGUCCAUUAAAUUGUUAUAAUAAUAAAAUAGAUCACGAUUUUGAAUAUAUAGAAAAUUUAUAUUUUCAAAGGAUCAAUGAUUAUACAACUAAUGAUAUUACAAAAGAUAUGAAGAAUAAUAAGAAAAGAAUUACAAAUAAAUUGUUUACAUGCAAAGAAUUAUUUCCAAAAAAUAAAAAUUGUUUUAUAUUAAAUAAAAAUGAAAGGAAACAUUCGAGGGAAUAUAAUAUAACCAAUGAUGGUAAUAAGAUAAAUAUUACUAUGUAUUAUAAUAAGGACAUUAAAUUGAAUGCACUACAAAAUUAUAUAGAUGUCAUCACUCCAAAAAAUGAUAAUAUUAUAAAGGAUAAUAUUAUAAAUGAUAAUAUUAUAAAUGAUAAUAUUAUAAAUGAUAAUAUUAUAAAUGAUAAUAUUAUAAAUGAUAAUAUUAUAAAUGAUAAUAUUAUAAAUGAUAAUAUUAUAAAGGAUAAUAUUAUAAAGGAUAAUAUUAUAAAGGAUAAUAUUAUAAAUGAUGACAAUAAUAAUAUUAAUUGUAGCGAAAAAAUAUGUAAUCAUAAUAAUAUACUACUGAAUAAUAGCCAAACGUCAAAUAAUAAUCAGGAUUCUCCUUUUAGUUCUAUGAAUGUAAGAUAUUUGAACACACAGGAUGGUGAUAGAAAAUAUGAUAAGAAUGAUGGUAAUGAAGAUUUGAAUAAUCUAACAGAUAUAAAGGAACCUUUACAACAUGCUCUUUGGAUGAACAAUAAUGGACACACUAACAUAAAUAAUAAUUAUUAUGAUAGUUUUUAUAAUAUAAACAAUGUAAAUAAAUUAGAUAAUUUUAAAACGUGUAAUAUAUAUGAGAAUGAGAAUAAUCCCAUAGAAAUAAAAUCCAAUUCAGAAAUGGUUCUUGUUCAUACAAAUAAUAAUGAUUCCAUCAAUGUUUUCAACCAAUCUCUUAAUAAAAAUAAAAAAAAUGGAAACUGCCAUGAAAAUGUUCUUCAGGUAGAUGCACAUCAGAUGGUUCUAAAUAAUAUUAAUGGGCUAGCUGAUAAGGUAUCUAGAGAUAUGUGUAGGAAGAAAAUAAUUGAAGAUAAAAUAGAAUACGAUGAUGAUAAUAAAAAUGUAUAUGAAAAUGAUUUGUAUGAAAAUGAUUUGUAUGAAAAUGAUUUAUAUGAAAAUGAUUUGUAUGAAAAUGAUUUAUAUGAAAAUGAUUUAUAUGAAAAUGAUCUACAUGAAAAUAAUUUAUAUGAAAAUGAUUUGUAUGAAAAUAAUUUAAAUGAAAAUAAUUUAUAUAAUAAUAACGAUGUAUAUACUUCUAGUAAAAAUAAUCCACGUGAAUUCAUAAAAAAUGUGGAGAAGAAUAAUGUUAAUGUAAAUAAUAAUAAAUUAGUAAAUUCAUAUGAGCAAUUUAAAAAGUAUGACCAUGUUAAUAAUAGUAUGACUGAUAUAUAUCAAAUAAAUUAUCCGUUUUAUUCUAUCAAUGAAGAAAAUGAAACUACCCUUAGUAACCCUGAAAACAUGAAUUAUAGAUUAUUAGAAGAAAGGAAAAAAAAAAAUUAUUUGAAUAAAUAUUAUAAUGUGAUAAAAUCUAUAGACAAGGAUCAUUAUAUAUAUAAUAUUCCAUUUGGAUCAACUGUUAUCAAUGAUAAUAAUGUUAGAUAUAAUGAUGAAUAUGGAAAUAUCAAAGAAAGAGAAAACAACAAUGUAAGUAUAUGUUCAAAUACAAACAUAAAUACAAAUGUGAGUUCAAACAUAGAAAAAUGUAACUCGUUUAAUAGCAUGGAACUUCUAAUAGAAAAAGAACAUUCCUUACAAAACAAGAUGAAUAAAACAUAUAAUAUAGAAAAUGAUAAAAAUAAUUUUAGUCAUAUGAAGGAUGCACAAAUGUGGAUGCAUAAUAAAUAUUUUAAUGAAGAAAAAGAGAAUAAUAUAAUUCUUGGGGAAGAGAAAAACAAUAUCUCUACAAAUGAAGAUAAUAAAAUUGUAUAUAUAGAUACACACAGUAAUAAUAAUAAUAAUAAUAAUAAAAAUAAUAAUAUGAAUAGAUUUUAUGAUAAUAAUAACUUAUGGAAUAAGCAACAAGGAAAUGUGAUAAACGAAAAGAAAAGAAGUAUGUGUAAUUUUAAUUAUAAGAGUAUGUCUUUAGAUAAUAUAGAAAGAGAUGACCAAUCUGUAUAUGUAAAUAACAAUUAUGAGAAGGAUUUAUCUGAUUAUUUAAGAAACAACCAAAAUGACAUAAUAUAUAAGAACCAUCAAAAGGACACCACCAAUAACAACAAUAAUAGUAAUAGUAAUAGUAAUAGGAAUAAUAAUAGUAAUAGUAAUAAUAAUAAUAAUAAUAAUAGUAAUAAUAAUAAUAAUAGUAAUAAUAAUAAUAAUAGUAGUAGUAGUAAUUAUAAUUAUAUUUAUAAUUCUUGGAACCCUUUUCAUAAGAACAAUACAUUUAAUACACAUACAAAUUCUUUUAAUAUUUUAAAUUGUCAUUCCAAUUACAAUAAUUUUGAUAAUGUAGAAAAUAUUAUUACAUCUAAUAUGAUAAAUAAUUUAGAAAAUACAAAUCUUCCAAAUAACUAUACAAAUAAAUGUUAUCAACCUAAUGAACAAAAUUUUUUUUCUCAAUUACAUUGUUAUAAAAAUGAUAAUAUAUUAUUAAAUAAUACACAUUUAAAUAAUAAAAAUAGUUUCUCUUAUGACUCUAUAAAAAAUGAUUAUAAUAUGUUAGAAGCAUCUUCAAACCAUACAUCUUCUUUUUUAAAUUAUGAUUUAUAUAAAACAGAUUCUAUAUAUAUUACUCCAAGCUCUUUUGAAAAUAUUAAUCCAACACCUAAUGCUAUUAUUAAAAAAAAAAAUACAGAUAUUUAUAAAACAACACUUUCUCAAAAAAAAAACUUUUUUAACAAUGAUGAUGAGAAUAUAGAGCAAGAUAAUUUUAUAGAUAUUCCAAAUGAUUUAAAUUUUAGUUUUUUAAAUAAAAAUGAUUGA